AUGGCGGGCUGCGCGGCGCGGGCUCCGCCGGGCUCCGAGGCGCGGCUCAGCCUGGCCGCCUUCCUGCUGGGCGCCUCGGUGCUGGCGCUGCCGCUGCUCACGCGCGCCGGCCUGCAGGGCCGCACGGCGCUGGCGCUCUACGUGGCCGGGCUCAACGCGCUGCUGCUGCUGCUCUACCGGCCGCCGCGCUACCAGAUCGCUGUGCGAGCCUGCUUCCUGGGCUUCGUGUUCGGCUGCGGGGUGCUGCUGAGCUUCAGCCAGUCUUCUUGGGAUCACUUUGGCUGGUACAUGUGCUCGCUGUCCCUGUUCCACUAUUCUGAGUACCUGGUCACGGCGGUCAACAAUCCCAAGAGCCUGUCCCUGGACUCCUUCCUGCUGAACCACAGCCUGGAGUACACCGUGGCGGCCCUGUCCUCGUGGGUCGAGUUCACCCUGGAGAACCUGCUCUGGCCAGAACUGAAGCAGGUCACCUGGCUCAGUGCCAUGGGCCUGCUGAUGGUGGUCUUCGGAGAAUGCCUGAGGAAAGCAGCGAUGUUUACGGCUGGUUCCAACUUCAACCACGUGGUGCAGAAUGAAAAAUCAGAAACGCACACGCUGGUGACGAGCGGAGUGUACGCCUGGUUCCGGCACCCUUCUUACGUGGGCUGGUUUUACUGGAGUAUCGGAACCCAGGUAAUGCUGUGCAACCCCAUCUGCGGCGUGGGCUACGCGCUGACCGUGUGGCGGUUCUUCCGCGACCGGACGGAGGAGGAGGAGAUCUCGCUGAUCCACUUCUUCGGCGAGGAGUACCUGGAGUACAAGAAGCGGGUGCCCACGGGCCUGCCCUUCAUCAAGGGGGUCAAGGUGGAGCUAUGA